AUGUUUUAUUUAUUAUGAAGAUAUAAAGUUUCAGUAAGUUUCCCUGUCUCACUUUAUGACUAUUUAUAGCAUAGAUUGCAAUUUUGCGGUAAAGUAUGUGUAAUUAUGGUUAGCUUAUCUAGAAAUUACCAUAUUAACACCGGGGGAGCUACGUUUUUCAGUGAAUCAGUCAACAUGAAUGAUCAGGAGCUGCUACAGCCUAUCUUGGAAUCCUUUGGUGGGUUUAAGAAGGUCCAGACAGUACCACUCUUUACAUUUCAUAUUUUUUUCACAUUGGUUCUGGAUAUUGUUGCCAUAGUUUAUGCAGCCAUACAUCCAGAUGACAGCAGCAAAUGUAGAGAGUAUUUUAUUAUAAUAUACCUACAUGUGGCUUUAUGGAUUAUUACUUAUAUCAUUCAUAUUGUCACAAAGACAAUUCACUUUAACAUUCGCCUUAGUGGCUACUUGGACUUUUAUAAAGAAACUGAAACACACUCGGGCUUACCACUUAUAAUCGUCUCUGUCUGGACUGUAGCUCUGCUUUUCGUUCAAACCUUAAUGCAGCAUUUUUAUCCUGACAAUUUUUAUGAGAAAUGCAUUCACGGAGGAACGAUGUCACCAAAAGCGUACCUGUGUGCGCUUAUCACACUGGAAUUUUGUGUUAUUACUGGAGUUAAUAUCAAUUAUAUCAAUAAAGUGAUGCAAUUUAAUAAGCAACAAGCGCCACCUGACGUUUUAAAAAGCGAAUGGACUAAUGCUGCGGAAGUGGAUGGUGUUCCCCAUACCGAAGUGGGUUAUAGAGAGAUGGGCAGCAAAGUUUAUGAGUUAUUAGAGAAGCAGGCUGAUCUAAUACAAUACCUUAAAGAACACAAUGCCAGACUGAACGAAAAAGUUAUGACAUUAAGCAACCAGAUUUCGCAGGGGAGAGUUUCAAAUGAAAUUAGUGGGGGAAGUGGAGUCUUACAAAGUGGAAGUGGUUCCCAUCAGAGCUAAACCAUAUCCAUGAAAAUCAUGAUAUUUCUUACCAAGUAAGGUAUGAUUUUAAUUUAAAACUUUUUUAUCAAAAUUAUUUGUAAUAAAGACUUUAUGACUGAUGUUUUAUAGACCUUCGUAAAUGUAUGGUUUUUAUAUAAUUUUUUUAGAAUUAUUGUUUUGUCUGAUACCUGUAUAUAUUUAAGAUUUUAUAUUAGUGUUAAAGGAUUUAGUAAAAUAAUAACAAAG